UUAAUGUCAAAGAUCUGAAAAAUAUUUUAGAAGAUAUUGGGAUAGAAUUCACACCUCAAGAAUACCUGGAACUGGUAAAAAGUCUUCCAGUUGAUGAUUAUGGAAAUGUAUAUAAAAAUAGAUUGCUAGAUGAAGUGAAAUCUUUCAAUCGUGGGAAGGUUGAUGUUAGUAACCUGGAAGAAAUUUUAGAAAACAUGAAAAUCAAGCUCCCAGAUGAGAAGAUUAAAGAUCUGUCACAAAACUUACCAACUGAUGCUUUUGGGAUGGCUGAUCUGCAUAAACUGCUAGAAGAAAUAAAGACAUUCACAGGAGGAAAAGUUGAACCCAAGGACAUACACAAAGCACUGAGAAACAUGGGGAUAGAGCUCACAGAUAGAGAGCUCUUGGGGCUGUUGAAAAUGUUGCCAGUUACAGCUGAUGGAAAGAUAGAGAAAAAUACAUUGCUCGAUUAUAUAAAAGCUUUUCCUGGUGGAAAGUGUCGCACCUCUAAAAUAGGAAGCGUCCUGGAAAACUUGGGUUAUGAGCUGGAGGAUGAGGAACUUGAGGACCUGCGGAACCGUCUGCCAGCUGAUGAUGAAAAGGUUAAACUGAAUACGCUCAUGAAAAAUGUAGAUCCAUUCAAAGGAAUCAAGAUUCAUGUUGAUGAAGUAGGUGAUUUUUUGAAAAAAUUAGGGAUAGAACUCACACCUACAGAAUGCUGGAAGCUGCUAAAAACUCUGCCAAUUACUUCUGAUGGAAAGGUUUAUCGCAGUCGGUUGCUAGAUGGUUUAAAGACUUUCCGAGGUGGGAAAAUUUUAGAGAAUAAAAUAGAAACCAUUCUGGAAAACUUGAACUAUGACCUUGAAAAGAAAGAAAUCCAAGAUCUAGUCAAUCAUCUGAAAAGGGACAAUAAUGGAAAGAUUGCACUGAACUCCUUUAUGGGUACAGCAAAUUUAUUUUCUGGUGGUAAAAUUAAUGCCAGUGACACACAACUUUAUCUGGAAAAUGUAGGGAUUGAAUUAACAAAGAAAGAAAGCCAGGAGCUGCUGAACAUAUUGCCAUUGGAUGAUAAUAAAAAGGUGUAUAAGAAUAGAUUGAUGGAUGGAGUGAAGACCUACAAAGGAGGAAAGGUUAAUGUCAAUAAACUAGACGAUGUUCUUGAAAACAUGGGAUUCUCACUUGAGGAGGAAGAAAUUGAGGAACUGUGCACUCACCUGCCAAUUGAUGGGGAGAGAAGAGUUAAACUGGAUAAACUUCUAGAUGAAGUGGGUGAACUUCUGGGGGAAGAAGUUAACUCUGAAGACCUGGAAAAUAUUCUGAGAAACAUAGGGUUAAGACUCAGGCUAAAGGAUAACCCUGUGUUGAUGAAGAGUUUGCCACUUGAUGCUGCUGGAAAACUGUAUAAGCAUAGAUUGCUGGAUGGCAUAAGGUCUCUCAAAGGAGUGGAGCUUAAUGUUAAUAAUUUGGGACCCUUCAUGGAAAGUAUGGGCUUUGACCUGGAAGAAGAGGAAUACCUUGACCUACUCAGCAAGCUGCCUGCUGAUGAUGAGGGGAAGAUUGACGUGAAUGUGGUAAUGGAUGAAGGAAAUCUUUUUACAGGUGAGAAGGUCGAUACUAGUAACCUGGAUAGUUUUCUGGGGAAAAUGGGGAUAACGCUCCCAGAAGAUAAAAGCCUGGACCUGCAAAACAAGCUUCCAGUCGAUAACAAAGGAAAGGUAUAUGUGAACAGAUUGAUGAAAGAGUUAGAGUCUCUUGAAGGGGUGAAGGUGUCUCCAAAUAAGGUGGACACUUUCUUGGAAAUCAUGGGACUUAAUCUCAAGGAAAAAGAAGUUCAGGAACUGAAGGACUGUCUACCACUUGACGAUAAUGGAAAGACUGACUUAAAUGUGUUGAUGGAUGAAGUUAAAAAUAUCACAGGAGAGAAGAUUCCUACUGAGGACCUGAAAAAUGUUCUGAAAGAUAUGGGAAUAAAGAUCACAAACAAGGAACAUAAAAAGCUUCUGAAAACUCUGCCAGUUUCUGCUGAUAAAAAGGUGUUUGAGAAAGAAUUACUGGAGGGAGUGAAAUCUUUCAAAGGAGGAAGGGUUAGUGUCGGUAACCUAAAAAAUGUUCUACAGAAUACCGGGUUCAGUCUUGAAGAAAACGAAAUCCAGGACCUGCAGAGCCACCUACCAGUUACUGAAGAUGAAAAGGUUGAUUUGGAUACAUUGAUGGAAGCUGCUAGUGCUUUUACAGGAGAAAAAGUUGAAGCCAAUGACUUAAAAAAUGUGCUGAGAAACAUGGGAAUUGAGAUUACUGAAAAAGAACAGUUGAUGCUGUCGAAAACUCUGCCAGUCUCUAGAGAUGGAAAGGUGUAUAAGAAGAGAUUACUGGAGAGUGUGAAGCCUCUCAAAGGGAAAAAAGUCAGUGUCAAGAACCUGAACACCAUUGUAAAGAACAUGGGGGUUCAGCUUAAGAAAGAGGACUAUCAGGACUUACUGAACCACCUGCCUAUUGAUGAGAAUAAAAUGGUUGAUUUGAAUGUGGUGAUGGAUGAUGCAAAAGCUUUUACAGGAGAGAAAGUUAAUAUCAAUAAUCUGAGCAAUGUGGUGAGGAAAAUGGGACUGGUACUCACUGAUGAGGAAAAGAAGCAGCUGAUGAAAACUCUGCCCAUUCAUGCUGAUGGAAAAAUAUAUAAAAACAGGUUGCUAAAAGGCGUGAAGGCCCUCAAUGGACCAAGGGUCAAAUUCAGAAAAGUGAAAUCCGUCUUGGAAAACAUGGGAAUUAAACUCAAGGAGGAUGACCUUGAGGAAAUAAUGACCCAAGUACCAACUGAUGGUGAUAGAACAGUUGGUCUGAAUGAUGUGAUGGAUGCUAUCAGUGGGUUCAGGGGAGAGGUGAUUGAUAUCCAGGACUUAGACAAAUUUCUAGUAAGUGAGGGGAUCGAGCUCACAGAAGAAGACAUGAAGGAGCUGAUGUCUCAUUUGACUGUUAAUGGAAAUGGGAAGGUUACAGUGGAUUCAAUAAUGGAGGGCCUAAAGAAGUUUAAACCAAAAGGGAUGGUGCCACUGCAUAAGUUGAUGAAAACUGAACAUGAUACUAAAGACAGAGUUAUUGGCCCCAUGGCAGUUUCUGACAUUAAAGCAAAACUUCAGCUGAAUCCUCUAACUAAAGUACCCAGCUCCCGUGGCAAGAGGGAUAAAGAUUUACCAGGAUCCCUUCCCUGCCAAAGCAAAGAAAAGAAGCUGAAUGCUUCACAAAUGCAAGCCUUCCAAGAUGCCUACAACUUCUUUAACAAGGAUAAAACUGGCUGUAUUGAUUUACAUGGAAUGAUGUGCACUUUAGCUAAGCUGGGAAUGAAUCUAACCAAGCGGGAUGUCUAUAAUGAAUUAAGAUGUGCUGAUAUUGAUCAAGACGGGAAGGUGAAUUUCUCAGAUUUCAUAAAAGUCCUAACAGAUACGAACCGCUUCCUGAAAGCUGUGGUUCCAGAAAAGGAGAAAUGUUUAGAUUUAGCCGGCAACCCAGGGAUCCUGUUGUUUGAAAUCCUAUCAAAGCUUGUAGACACUUCAGCUUUACCCAGAAGGGCUAUAAUGGAAAUAGUAAGCUAUUUCCAAAGAAAAUUCCAGGAUACCACAUUGGGAAUGCCGUGGAGUCCCUACACUGUGGGUUAUGGGAAAAGGAGAUUGAAGCCAGACAUCAGCACACCUCCAGCCUCAAGCACAGCUGCCUUUGCUAAUGCUGCCCGGAUCUCAAUAAUGAAAGAAAAGGAUUUACUUAAAUUUCUUGAAGAGAUCAAGAGGUGCAGUCCUCCUUCAGAUAGCCCAUAUUCCAAAAUACCCAUCUUUCCAUUGUUUCCUAAUGUGGAUGAGGUGGUGAUGGGAAAGCCAUUCAAAGACAUACAGAAAUUAGAAAUGCUAAGGAGAAGGGAGCCUCUGGAUUUCUUUGAGAACUAUUUUUUCCAUAAAAGAGACUGGAAGACACAGGCAGCAAAUAUAAAGCCUUUCGACCCAGUCUCAGGCUACCCAAAUGACAUCCUCGCCAUUGACCAACUACUCAAGAAGAAGCAGAACUGGACCGUGACCGACGCAGCCGCUAUUAAACAGCAUGUGAAGAGGGCUACAGAGGCCUAUAACUUGGGAAUUGCCCUUGAGCACCGGAAAGACAUGCUAAACCUCUGGCGGAAGAUCCGAGGAGAUCUGAUUGGAAUAAACACUAAAAAUGAGGCCUUUUAUGACACCUUUUCUACCUAUACAUGGUCCUGGAAUGUUUGCCAAGAAUUACUUUCGCGGAAGGACUUAAGGUUAUAUGAUGCCUACAUGAAUAGGAACACCUUCCACAACUCUGUAUCCUCUUCUUCCUCGGAUAUCAGUGAAUGUGACAUAGAGACAGGAAGAAAAAGAAAACGGAAAAGUUCCAGAGGGUUCCGACAAUGAAAUUUCUACAUUUUCUAAACAGCUCAUUACAAACUACUUUUUCAUAGAUAUCAUACUUAUGGUUUCUUGCUUUUGUCUAGUACAUUCUUAGCAGCUGGAAAUAUUGACAUCUUUUGAAUUCUGACCAGUAAAAAAAUUU